GACACAUGCUUCUGUGAGGAGGACAUUAUUGUUGAUGAAAGAAUGGAUUGAAAAGGAAAAGUGAAAGAGUGAUGAAAAGGGGGAUUGUUUUUGUGUACAUAACUAUGUUAAUUUUAUGACACUUUUAAAUAUGAGGAGUUGGUCAAUAGCAGCCAUGUUAUAUUACAGCAGCAAUUGUUGAAACUUGAUUUUAUAACAGUAAUAAUAGAUGAACACAGAAUUGGUUGAAUACCACAAAAUACAAUGUUUCAAGGCUUUUACAGUUAAAAAUCAUUAACAUAAAGAAUACAAAAACGUGCUAUGCUGUAAAACGUUGCUGACGGAAUGGAUGUGAUAAAUUACAUAAAUCCAUAUUAAUAACUGAAAAUAUGCAUAUCAACACUAUAGGUGUGACUUUCAUUGCAUUGAGGAACCAAACUGAAGCCCUAUAGGCUAGCACCUGCUGAUUUUUAUUCACACGUGCGCGCGAGCACACACAAACGCACACACACACACACACAGACACACACACACACAGACACCAUGUCUUUGUGACAGUUUGUCUAUUCUCCUGUGAACACUGCCAUCAAGUGGUGAACAUAAAUAUGUGUUUUAUUCAAACAAAUACUACUAAUAAUAAUAUGAAUAUCAUUUAUUAUGUUUCAUCUAAAACAGAAAUUAUUUCCGCACACUGUAACAACCUUUGAGUCAAACAAAUCACUGUAAGUAGACCACUGGUUUUAUACAUCUACUAGUGUACUGACGGGUAUUUUUCGAAUCUUGAUACCUUACAUUCCAGCUUUAGACACAACCAUAACAAGAAAUGAAUCCGGGAUGAUACCAGGUAACCGACUUUUCAGUCGAGCUUCUGGUAAAUUUUGAGACAACAGACUGGCAUCAAGGUUACAGUAAUGAAAGUUAUAAAAUCGUCAUAUCAAACGCUGAUAUGGAGAAAUGUGAUGUCGCCUCAAUACUAAAGUUGGUAAAUAUACUAUUAUUAAAAUAAACGGUGCCUACAAAACUAUGCCACACCUUAAUCAAACCUGUCGGUGCAGACUGAAAGUUUUACUCUACGAAAGAGGCAGGCUAUGUGGAGAGACUGAAAGCACUCAUGCUUGAGGAGGUGUCAACCUGACACGCCUGUUUAAUAUUAACCUUUGCUGGUAGGCCUACUCUCGACUGUCGAAAGGCUAGAAGGAGUAUCAACAUGAUCUCUUCGACUUACUCCUACUGGAAAGGACGAGAUAGACCGGUUUAGGGCCACAGGUACAAGACACCUUCGAAGAGAAAGUGAAAGAAAAUGCUAAGGCAGCGCAGCGUAUUGUUCUGAUUUUCUGAAAUGGCUCGUUAUUUCAUGUCCUUUUUCAUCUUGACCUCCUGCCGAGUUGCUGGACAGUCUCCAAUAUAUGCGCUCAAGGGGCAGGAGGUCAACUUCAAGCCAGCCAUCACUGGACAACCUAAGGAAAUUCUGUGGAAAUAUAAAGGCAACAAAGUAGUAGAGUUUAAUGGCAAUGAGGAACAGGUGUACCACCCAUAUGAAAAAAGGAUCACUCUUGACUGGAUCUCUGCAGAGCUCAAUAUCGCUAAACUCAGAUAUGAAGACACCGGAUACUAUGAUUGGAAGCAUACAUAAACCAAGAGUUGAAACGUUCAACUUUUCUAUUGGAGGUCAUUGACCGAGUUGCCACACCCAGAAUAUCCUGUGAGAUGGAAGAUGGCAGCAGCUCUGCAACGCUAGUGUGCUCUGCCGAGUUCAGACAGCCUCAGUCCUUAAUGAAGUUGGAGUGGGAUUCACAUGGACAUGUGCAGCCUGGCCCAAAUUUCACAAUAUCUCUGGGAGAUAAACAUGAUGAUGAAAUAUACACGUGUAGGGUGAGCAACCCUCUGAGCAAUGAAACAGCUACAUACACUGCAAAGGAUUGUUACCCAGACAAAAGUUCAUCUGCAGCACUGAUUGCCAGCGUACUCACCAUCGUUGUAAUUAUUCUACUCGUUGUAGCCAUAGUGUAUUGCAAACUACGCCAUAAAGGGUCGUGGGGAUCUUCACAAUGUAUGAAACAAAAACAUACUGUUUCUUUCUUCUUUUCUGUCCUCUCACUCUCGGUUCCAGCAUGUUUUGCAAAAAGAAAGAAAGGUGAUUCAGAAAACCCAUCAACAAAAGGGUCAGAUGAGAAGACAGCUCAGGGUGAUGAAAAUAGGAGUCUUCUUGAAAGAGCCCCCACACUUCCCUCUACGCAGCCACUUGGCCUUUUGCUACAAAGCAAUAGGAAUUUGAAGCCUAAUGGCCUGGAUAGAGAUCACAACGAAAAUGUCAAUUCAGACUGGAAGACUGUCAACGCACAUGAUAUGAGUCCACCAAAAGGGUUAGUCGAACAAAGGAAACAGCAGUUUGAGAAUGAUGGAAACAUUUCUGACAAAAAAUUGCAGAAAGAUGACAAAGGUGAUGCAGAUGCAAAUGAACCUGAACCAGCUGGUGUGGCGGACAAGGAGGAUUUGGAGGUCUUCAUUGAGCCUGAACAGCCAGUUUUGGAAACUGCUCUCUCUGAACCAGAUUCACAACACUCAGGUUUAGAUAACAAAGGUGAUGCAAAUGCAGACCACCUCAGUGAAGAUGCUGGGAAAAAGAUCCCACAGUGUGACCCCUCAGACUCUGAGAAGGCAAAUGAACUUGACCCAGCUGGUUUGUUGGAGGACUCGCAGUCUAAUCUGGAAUCCUCCAUUGCUCCUGUACAGCCAGCACAUGAUAUGAGUCCACCAAAAGGGUUAGUCGAACAAAGGAAACAGCAGUUUGAGAAUGAUGGAAACAUUUCUGACAAAAAAUUGCAUAAAGAUGACAAAGGUGAUGCAGAUGCAAAUGAACUCGACCCAGCUGGUUUGUUGGAGGACUCGCAGUCUAAUCUGGAAUCCUCCAUUGCUCCUGUACAGCCAGCACAUGAUAUGAGUCCACCAAAAGGGUUAGUCGAACAAAGGAAACAGCAGUUUGAGAAUGAUGGAAACAUUUCUGACAAAAAAUUGCAUAAAGAUGACAAAGGUGAUGCAGAUGCAAAUGAACCUGAACCAGCUGGUGUGGCGGACAAGGAGGAUUUGGAGGUCUUCAUUGAGCCUGAACAGCCAGUUUUGGAAACUGCUCUCUCUGAACCAGAUUCACAACACUCAGGUUUAGAUAACAAAGGUGAUGCAAAUGCAGACCACCUCAGUGAAGAUGCUGGGAAAAAGAUCCCACAGUGUGACCCCUCAGACUCUGAGAAGGCAAAUGAACUUGACCCAGCUGGUUUGUUGGAGGACUCGCAGUCUAAUCUGGAAUCCUCCAUUGCUCCUGUACAGCCAGCACAUGAUAUGAGUCCACCAAAAGGGUUAGUCGAACAAAGGAAACAGCAGUUUGAGAAUGAUGGAAACAUUUCUGACAAAAAAUUGCAUAAAGAUGACAAAGGUGAUGCAGAUGCAAAUGAACCUGAACCAGCUGGUGUGGCGGACAAGGAGGAUUUGGAGGUCUUCAGUGAGCCUGAACAGCCAGUUUUGGAAACUGCUCUCUCUGAACCAGAUUCACAACACUCAGAGUCAAAGAAAAAGACAGAUGAUGAAGAGGAAGCAUAGUCACCUCCUGCUCAGUCAUGUUUCCCUUUGACAUAAAGGACACCACUGGUGAACACAAGAAAGAUACCAACUCAGAUCAGGUCAACAGAGAAACUACAGUACUGCAGAACAGUUCAGAAGGAUAAGUACAUGAGCAAGAUUCAAACAUGUCACAGGGAGAAACUGUAUUAAAGAAUGAGUGAUGAGGUUGAUUGUCAACACCUGCAUGUGUUGAUCAGCAGCGGCACAUGCGUGUUCCUGUUGACCUCUAGCUCUUAGUAGAGAGUCUCUCUUCAUAGACUGGUUUGGUGGUGUAUAAUGGGAAAAAAAAUGCUGAUGUCACCAUUAUUUGUGCAUGGUUGACUUACUGCUGCUGGUUAACUGCAGUUACCUGCCUGUUAGAUCAUCUCUGGCUGCCUCCAAUGCGCUGCACAACAUGGGUUAUUUGUCCUUGUUUGUUAUAUGCCUUUCAAGAGUCUCCAGAUACUGGUGGUAAGACCAGGCAGGACUCAGAUGAGUCUGAGCAGCAGUCAGACAGCAGCUCAACAGAGCCAGAUAAAAGUGAGGGUGAAACUGCUGAAGAUAAAAAUGAGAUACAGUGUGCCCAAGAAAAGAAAAGCCAGACGAUGAGAGCCUGAAUGAGGCUGAAGGGAGACAAAAUUUUUUUUAUCAAUUUAAUAGCACAUUAGCACUUAUAAAUCUCAUGCUACAUCUUUUGAGUCUACAUGUUAGGGCGACACUACAGUUUAACACAAAUAACCACUAUUCUUAUUAAUCUCAUAUUGUGACUUUACUCAUAAGGACUACUUGGUGGUGUAAUGGAAAUAUUGUAAGUAAAAAGUAAAAAACAACAGACAUUUGCCCAUUUUAGAAUCAAAAUGCUUUAUUAAAGGUGUAAAAUUAUGUUAUGAUGCUGUACACACAUUUGAAAGUAACCCCUGCACCCACUUUUAAAAAUGUAAUUUUUAAUUUACAUUUAAUUUUAAUCACUCACUCAUUUAUUAUUAUUGAGACCAGCUUGUUUCUGUGAAUGCAUUGCUGUGGUGAAAUUGUUCAGAGCUCAGUGUAUAUUUGUCAUUAUUGAUUAUUCAUUAAUUAUUUGUAAUUACUAUCCAUGACACUACAGAUUUUAUUUGUAUUUUGUUUACUGUUCUUUUGCCACAGUUUUUGCUGAUGAUAGUGUGUGGGAAUUGUUUGAUUAGUAAAGGCCAGUGUGAGAUUU